AUGGUGCAGGAGCGAGCGCUGGUGAACCAGUGGAUGGAUGUGGAGGCGCAGAAUUACAACCCGCCGCUCUCAGCGCUGAUCGCGGAGAAAGUGUUCAAGCCCAUGUUCGGUGGGGGUAAGCCCGACCUGGCCAAGGCGGAAGAGCUCAAGGCCAAAUUCUCCAAGGUGCUUGAUGUGUAUGAAGCCCAUCUGGCCAGCAACGAGUACCUGGCGGGGUCCAAUUUCUCCCUGGCGGAUCUGUCCCACCUGCCCUACACCGCUCUGCUGUGGAUGUCGGGAGAUUCGGAUCUCAUCACUUCGCGUUCGAAUGUGAACAAAUGGUGGGAGAGGAUUUCCUCGCGCCCUGCCUGGAAGAAGAUUUCCGUGCUGCAGUGA